CAUCGAUCUUGAAUGAGUGUAAUUACAAGUUUUAUCACUUGCCUUUCCAGGACCAGGACGUGAACGUGAUGGCCAUAAUCUAUUACACAGCAUGCUAUUGGUAGUGCUAGUGUACUAGUAGUCUCCAUAGUACCCAAACCCCAGCGUGUAACUUGUAGUUGCAGGUGUAUCUAUUGGUAGCCAACACUUGGUCGAACACCAAGAACACCAAGACAACACUUAUAUAUACCAAACUAGAACUACAACUUGUUCUACUUCUUUCAAAGAGAUUACUUUUACUAGUAAAUACUAGAAAUAAGGAUGCCUGGUCUUGGCAGUGACGAGCUGCGACGUGCUGGCACCGUCGCGCCAAAUCAGUUCUUGAGAAAAUCAGGAUCUCGUGGUCGAGCGCCCUCUUCGGGGUCCUCCUCUGCUUCUCGUAGUCCUCGAAGAAGCGGUCGAAACAAAGGUCGUAGCAAAAGAGGUCGCCGCUCAGCUCAGACGAGCAGCAGCUCUUCUUCGUCUUCAAGCGACCAAAGCGAUAGAGGCAGCAACAGCAAGAACGCCAGCAGAAAGGGCCUACCAAAUCCGAAAUCAUCAAGUCUUAAUAAGGUCGAAGACAAAAGUAUCAAAGGUCCUCGAGCGGAAAGCAAACUCAACAAUUCUCCGGCAAAAAGCUCCAGGGUUCUAGGUAGCAAGGACACAGCGAGAGAUUCGAAAAAGGGAAAUUCCCCAAGAACCACGACCAGAGGCUCACCUCGCGGUACACGACGAGAUCGAAGCCGUAGUCAGUCUCGUGGAGCAGGUACGCGCAGAAGACGGAGCGAAAGUCGGGGCAAGACCAGAGGACCACCACGCGGAAAUGGCGGACGACGCUCUCCUCCCCGAAAUUAUCGUGACCAGCGUGGUGGGAAAGGAAAAGGAUCUACCAGAAGCAAAGAUGACCGUGGUGGAUAUAGUUACAAUCAGAGCAGGCGAGGAGGCAGUAGAGGCCGAGCCCCGACUUCAUAUGCGUUCCGAGAUCGGCGUGGGGGUGGGGAGUCAGGAGCGGCGCCAAAAGAUUACAAAAGGAGGCCCGGAUCUGCGUCCAACAAAGACCAGUCAAGAGCCGCGUCACGGAAAAGCAGGAGCCGCAGUCGUCGAGGCGUGAACCCGCGUCAACGCUCUUCCUCGUCGUCGCGAUCGGAUGACGCUCGAGGCAGAAAAGAGGAGCAGGAGCAUGAUCGAGAAGAAGCUGGUGCUGCAGACAAAACGCGCGGAAAGCCCGAGCGAGAGGACAGAAAGGGGGAUGCUGCGUCAAAAGAGCGACAAAGCAGUGCCGCUGAUAAACGUGAAGACGAGCGCCGUUCUAGUAAAAAGAGAGCAGAGACGACAAAAACCGCUGCAGGUGAGAAAAAGGAAGACGGGAAUGGGCGACAGCGUGAUGAUGGUAAUAGUACUAAGGAAACGAAGAGCGCAGAAACAAGUUGCAAUACUCCUGAAGACAAGCAGACCGACAGUGCGCCUGAUGUUGCUUCCAGACUACAGCCGAAAGCUGUCCGUGAGGCCAAGGAAGAGCCCGAACAAGACAAUGAAGACCACAAACUUGACGGCACCGCAAUCGAGCGCGAUGCCGAAAAAGACAAAGCACAAGUAUACGUCGAUAUUACCCAGCACGUCGGGUUUGAUGUUGGUGGUGGUGCUGGUGGUGGCAAAGAUUCAUUUCACGGCGAUGGAGAGAGCCAAAGCCCCCACGACAUGUCGAGCCGAAACAGUUCGAAGGAGAACAAUCCUUUUGCGUCCACAGAAGACCACGACAAUCUUCUUGCUGGUGCUGGGUCGGAACAGUCUGCUCCGAUGGUCGUCGACGAGCUUUCGCGAAAUGACGAUCCGCGACCACCUUUGGGAAACGGAGAAGCGAGUAAUCGAAACAAUCCCUUCUUUGUCGCAGAGGACGACGAUCCAAAGAAUAAUGUUGACGAUCACGACUCCACUAAAGGUGCCUUUGCCGUUGCUGCCCAAGCCCAUGUUGAUGCUUCUGAACAUGAAAAGCAGGCGGCACAGGUGCUGGAUGUUGAAGGAGAACCUUUAUCUGUUUUGGCGGAAGACCCUCAGGUGUUGCAACGCGGUGACCAGCAGGAUGAGUCUGAGGACGAUAAGGGUCAACAAGGUGCUGUCUGCAUUGCGGAACAUUUAUCGAGUUCGGAUGAUGACGAUGAGGAUAGAAAAAGCCUUCCUCGAAGGAAGAACAAGAAAGCAAGAGCCACAAGAGAUGAUGUCGAAGACCACGACGAUAUUGUUGUUGACAACGAAGAUGGUCCAGAGGAAGAGGGAGAAGGCGGCCGACGCGACAAGAAAGGGGCUUCAUCCUCAGAUAGCGAACUCGUCAUUCAGCUCUCGGAAAAUCAGCGAGCACGCAUGGACGGUUUCCGAAAGGAACAAGAGGGCAUGAUCAAAUGGCGAAGACUUCACGAUCACGGAUGGCAGUGGAAGAAAUGGAAUAUGAGAAUCAAAAUCGUACUAAGUACACUUAGACAUCCUCGGCAUAAGUAGAUACUUGUUGUUUUGCUUUUCUUCGGAUAAUCAAUUUUGAGUUUGUGUCAAUCGUUUUCUUGCUUAAUCCUUCUCGACGUACUACAAAUACUAAUACACUUUUCAUGACAUCGUUGUUAAAACCUUCUUCAUUUGACCCGAGCGCGAAUGGCAGAAGCCUCCUGCUAUCAACGGGGCGAUGACAGGAGAUGAGCCCGGAGCACGGUAUGUCGAUCGAGAAAAAUUUCUGAAGGAUAUGCGUGAGAGAAGGGCAGAGAGGGACAAAAGGGUAGAACUAGAUCUUAAGGCUCACACGAAUUCUCCAUCUUCAGAAGAUAGUACAUCUUGAUGGAGGAGCUGUUCUUUCAUGGCUAACUUAUUAAGCUAGAAACAGCUCCAAGACGAAGCUUAAGAUGGAUCAUUUUCAUGAGCUCUUCUAAAGAUGGCAGCGACUGGCAGAGGCCUAACAAGGGAAAAGCUCCCCGUGGAAAGACUAUGACAAAGAUGUGUGAGAAGCAGACUAGAGCCAAAUAUUUAGUAAGUACAUCUUUCUGUUAUCUAGUAGUUGCUGUCUGUUUUCGUUGUUUUGCUUCAAGUAGUUAUUCUUUCUUGCGUAAAUCCGCUGCUACCGCAGAAGCAGUAGUACUUAUCUUCACGGAAAAAACCGCUGCUCUAAUACCCAUGGGUAUGGCCGUCUUCUGUCUAAAGGGGGAACAAACUAUGGCUUCGACGACGAUGAGGGUAACGGCAAAGGCGGCCGAGCCAAAAAUCCUGGCACAAAGAACAGUAGUGAUGCAGAAGAGGGAGCAAGUGCGAGGUAACCGAUGAGAACCUUGAAGAUUCUCUUGCUCCACCUGUUCAUUAUUCUGCUUAAGUUAGUAUAAUUUAUCGAGCUUGAGUUUUAUUCAGUCUUCAUUUCCUUUCCGUGUUGUAUCUUGUUCUAUUCUAGAAGUAGAAAGCAUCUUCCUGACCCGUCGUGAUGGCAACACUCGAAAUGACUUGAUCAUACCAUAAUUACCAGCGGCGACGAAACGGCGGGUGGCGUUGCUGGAAAGCCACGCGAAGCAAGAAAUUUUGACCUUGAGAAUGAAAUAGAAGUAGAACGCCUUCGAGCUGAAGGAGUCGAUGCCUCGAUGCCUAUUGCGCGACACCAGCGUCUGCUUUAUGAUGAUCGCAGGCUUGACAUGCGGGCUGAUGGUACUUGUUUCUAAUCUGUUCACGCAAGAAGAAUGUAUAGGUAGUCGUAGUAGGGUGUUUUCUUGCAAUCCGCAGAUGCAGUUAUCGUACAACAAAGCGAAGUGAUCGCAAACGCAAUGCUGUCAACUUCUCGUCAGUCUAUCUUGUACGCAUGUUUCUUUCCUCUGUAAGAUUUUUUCUCAUGGCAUGCAGGUCUUCACAGCGAGCGGCAGCCUCGAAACGACAGGGACCGGAGACAGAGCCCCGACGGCAAGGGUAAUGGAAAGAAAGGCAAAGGCGGAAAGCCACGCCCGGAGCCAAGAUGGGGUCAUGACGGAUUCGAAGCUAUGAUGCAAGAAGUACUGCUUACUUAAGUAUCAACUAAAGUAUUAGAAAAGCAAAAGUGCUAAGGCGCUACUCAUGCUAGUAGACCUUUAAUAGGUUUGUUUACUAAGUCUGCUAAUCUGUAGAAGAAAAAUGUCUUCCCAUGCAUCCCAACCUAACUCAGGACGCUGGCGGCCCGCCUCAGGGUCCCAGACCCAAGAUCGUCCUCCUGGAAGCUAACCCCGCUGUGCGAGCAGACCGCGACAAGGUUGCGAAUGGCAAAGGUGAACGUCGGAAAGGGAACCUCGCUGCCAAUGCAGAUGAUCUACAGAACAAAAAUAGACCUUCCCCACAAGGCGUCUCAACAUCUCAAGGCCUCCAUAUCGUAAAGGGCCCGCGGGCGGCCCGCAUCGCAGGCCUAGUGUUAUGGUUAGCUUGUAUCCAUCUUUCUCGGCAUCUUGGUCCCCUUUGUUUUGCCUUGUAUUCUCAUGAAAUACAAGGGGAAAGGGGUCGAGAUGAAGGGGCCAGGAUGGAUUGAAGCCGAGUCUAAUAGUGGUAAGAAAGCGUCGGGAAGUACAGUUGGACGAUGCAGCUGAGUUAACGUCCUCAAAAGAAGACGGUGAAGCUGAGCCACGACCAAACAAGAGCAUCAACACUUCUAGUUCAUCUUCUCCCACAACUACGCUCAACUACAAGGAAGACCGUGUCACCGUGAAUCAGGUGAGCUUCAAAGCUGGUAAGAAGCGGCCCAAUACUGAAGUGCGAGAGGAGCAGAAUGGGGAAGGCGAUCCCCCUUCCUCAAGAGCGGCCUCUCCUGUGGUCGUUAGAAGGCGUGGAGUAGAUCAACAUGUUGAAGGAAACAAAGCGCGAAACCGAAGUUUUGAAAUGGCGACAGGAGCAGCGACAGGCGGAGGCGUUGCUCGAACCAAAAACAGGGAACAACUAAUUCGUCCUCGAACAGAGGAGAAGCAGGUGAGGGGUUCUCAAGUUUCACAUGAUGAUGCAGUUUGUAGCAGGAAACUACUGCAUUCCAAAGUAAAUAAAGCUUCACGCAUAAAGGAGCGUGCCGCAGACUCGUCGUCCGAAGAUGAAGACGAUACUGGUGCUAGGGCUCCUAACGCCGCCAAAGAUUAUAAGGGCCAUCUGGUGCGGUUGCGGAUCAAGGAGCCAAAAAAAGGACUAGAGGAAACCAAGAAAGGGUCGUUGGGGUCUAAACAGGUUUCUGCUCGAGCAGGGGUAACUCGGUUGAAAAAGCGAGAUGCAGACGCCUCUCACGAUUCUUCUUCAUCUGAUGCAGAAGAGGAUCGCAACGCAAAAGCUCGGCGAAAGAGUCGGCGUAUAAUAAAACAGGAGCCUAAGAAAGCUACUUCGAAUAGUAGUGCAGCAGAUGCAAUAGAGAAAGCAUCUACUUCCAAAUGGAAGGUAGCCAAGGACGACUCCGCACAUCAUAAGCGCUCAUCUCGUAACGAGAAUAAACCGAAGCGCGCUGUGAAUAAAGCUCGACGAGGUCAUGCAUCAUCAUCGGAAGAAGUAGACGGAGAGGGAGACAUGAAAAGAGACAUGAAAAAGCGUCACCGAAAAGGUGAGAAAGAGAACGUAGGGAAGAAGGCAUCAGCGACGACUGGGACCGCAAAAUUCGCAAAAAGGAGUCGUAGAAUUGAACGAGAAGACGAAAACGAUUCAUCUUCGUCAUCCAGCGUAGAACGCAAGAAGGCAGAAGGACCUUCGAAGAAAUCCAAAAGAGCUGGUGCUGCUAAAUCAACAACAACUACAACUGGAGGAGGCUUCUCACGUCGAGACAAAGACCAUGAUCGAGGUCAUAGUACGAAAAAGCGCAGGCGCCUUCCGGAGAAAAACGAUUCUUCGACGGACGAGGAGCAGGAGGAGGAGAAAGCCAAAGCGCCAAGAACAAAGGAACGCGUUAGACAUAAGGGACUACCUCCAGCAAGCGAAAAUACAAAUAGAAGCACCACUAGUAAGGUGAAACUCCGUUCUAGCAGGCAAGCGGCAUCGUCAUCGGAUGAAGGCUCGUCGCCAGCCGUCGAGCCUAGGGUUGUCCGUGAUGAGGCAUACGAAAAGCGAAAACAAGCAAAGCUAGAGGCUAUUCGAAAAGCACGAAAUUCCUGAAGAUAUGAUCAUAUCAUCUAGUUUAAGCUUUCGUAUGCUCAUACUAUCGACGAUCCGGGCUCAAGACGUUGGUAAGAAGGUUACAUCCGCACGAGGAAGCAGUAAACCGAGCGCUGUGAACACUGACAUAAGCACGUGAAUAAGUUGAAGGCUGUGUUCCAGAAAAAGAGAAGUAACAGGAUAAGCUUAACAACAAGCAUCAAAAAAGCUUGAUCCGAUCCUUAUUUUGUAUUUGUUGUACACCUAUUAAUUUUUAUCUUGAGCAACCGCAACAUUAAUGCCCUCUACCUUUCAAAGAGAGGAUGUUGCGGAGGCGAAAUACAAACAUAGAUAUCAUUUACAUUUUUCCUUAAACAACAUGUCACAUGAUUGUUACAAGCAAACGAUUUAUCCGCAGUAUGAGACUACUUAGCAUGUAUCUCUAUCUUUUAUUUCACUUGGCAACCAAGAGCAAAAGCCCCAUUGUAUUUAUCGCUCAUGCCAUGAAAACCAAGUGACCCCAUCAACCCCUCCUACCUAGACAGGCUCUUUUUAUCAGAGCAGAAUUGCCACCUUCAGCAACAUGAACUCAUUUACGGGAUCCCCGGAUGUUUACCGGAAAGAAAAAGUCUCGAAGAAAGUAGAGAGAUCAAAUCUCAAAGGUGUCAGAGGAACUUCUUUGUGAUGUUUGAUCGCACAGUUGUACUUCAACAAUUUUAGUAUUUGUUCAUCAGCAUGUUGCAGUCAAAACAAGCAGACGAACG